AGAGUGGUGGACCAGGCGGCUUGUUGUACAUAGAGAGCCGGUUUAGUGUCGUCAAUGGGAAGCACGCGAGACGGUGGCACAGAGAGUUACGGUCUAUAGAUUGAACUCCUACUAGGCUGUUACACCAUGCUCUCCACGUAUACUAACCCGUGUCUGUGGAUUACAUUUUGCCUUCAUUUAUGCUGUCAUGUAGACAGCGGAGGAGCACAGAAUGCGAAGGAAGUGAUUCUGCUGGACUCCAAGGCACAGCAGACAGAACUGGAGUGGAUCUCCUAUCCUCCCAAUGGGUGGGAAGAGAUCAGCGGCUUGGAUGAGAACUACACGCCCAUUCGCACAUACCAGGUUUGCCAAGUCAUGGAGCCCAAUCAGAAUAAUUGGCUUCGGACUAACUGGAUAGAGAAGGGCAAUGCCCAGAGGAUUUUUGUGGAACUGAAGUUCACCUUGAGGGAUUGUAACAGCCUACCCGGCGUGGUGGGCACAUGCAAGGAGACGUUCAACUUGUACUACCAGGAGACGGAUUCGGAAAUGGGACGCAACUUGCGGGAGAACCAGUACGUGAAAAUUGACACGAUCGCGGCGGACGAGAGCUUCACCCAGGGCGACCUGGGCGAGAGGAAGAUGAAGCUGAACACGGAAGUGCGCAUAAUCGGCCCCCUGUCGCGGCGGGGCUUCUACCUGGCGUUCCAGGACGUGGGGGCGUGCAUCGCGCUGGUGUCCGUCAAAGUUUACUACAAGAAGUGUUGGUCUAUCAUCGAGAACCUGGCCACGUUCCCGGACACCGUGACGGGAUCGGAGUUCUCCUCGCUGGUGGAGGUCGAGGGAGCGUGCGUGAGCGACGCCGAGGAGGAGGCCGACAACGCUCCCAAGAUGCACUGCAGCGCCGAGGGGGAAUGGCUCGUGCCCAUUGGAAAAUGUAUAUGCAAAGCUGGAUUUCAUCAGAAAGGCGAUGCAUGUGAACCAUGCGGUCGUGGUUUCUACAAGUCUUCCUCCCAGGACCUUCAGUGCUCUCGUUGUCCGGCGCACAGCUUCAACGACCGCGAGGGCUCCUGGCGCUGCGACUGCGAGGACGGCUACUACCGAGCACUCUCUGACCCUCCGUCUGUGGCCUGCACAAGACCUCCCUCCGCGCCACAGAACCUGGUCUACAACAUCAACCAGACCACCGUCAGCCUGGAGUGGGGCCCGCCGGCUGACACGGGCGGCCGCAACGACGUCACCUACAGGGUUAUAUGCCGGCGCUGCAGCUGGGAACCCGAGGAGUGUGUUCAAUGUGGGACCAAUGUGGGAUACUCUCCCGCACAGUCAGGAUUAGUGGACACUUAUGUGACCAUCGUGGACCUGCUCCCCCAUGCCAACUACACUUUUGAGGUGGAGGCUGUCAACGGGGUGUCGGAACUGAGCCGCACGCAGAGGCUGUUCGCUGCGGUUAGCAUCGCUACUGGCCAAGCAGCUCCGUCCCAGGUCAGCGAGGUCAUCAAGGAGAAAGUGCAGCAGCGCAGCAUCCAGCUCUCCUGGCAGGAGCCCCAGCAACCCAACGGCGUCAUCACCGAAUAUGAAAUCAAAUACUACGAAAAGGAUCAGAAGGACCGGGUGUACUCCACGGUGAGGUCCAAGUCCACAUCGGCCACGGUGAACAACCUGAAGCCCAGCACGUCCUACGUGUUCCAGAUCAGGGCUUUCACAGAGGCAGGAUACGGCACCUACGGCCCCAGACUGGAGAUCACCACCAAGGAGGAGGCCACAGCUGCGAUCGUCUCCAGCGAGCAGAACCCCGUCAUCAUCAUAGCGGUGGUGGCCGUGGCGGGGACCAUCAUCCUGGUGUUCAUGGUGUUCGGCUUCAUCAUCGGGAGAAGGUACGCUCUCGCGGGCCCCAUUGACUCUCCGCUCCUGCACUGCGGGUACAGCAAAGCUGAUCAGGAGGGAGACGAGGAGCUCUACUUCCAGUUUAAAUUUCCAGGCACCAAAACCUACAUUGACCCUGAAACCUACGAGGACCCGAACAGGGCUGUCCAUCAAUUUGCCAAGGAGCUGGACGCCUCCUGCAUUAAAAUUGAGCGGGUUAUUGGAGCAGGAGAGUUCGGGGAGGUGUGCAGCGGCCGGCUCAAGCUGCCUGGAAAGCGGGACACGUCGGUCGCCAUCAAGACGUUGAAAGUGGGCUACACGGAGAAGCAGAGGCGGGACUUCCUGUGCGAGGCCAGCAUCAUGGGGCAGUUCGACCACCCGAACGUCGUGCACCUGGAGGGAGUCGUGACGAGAGGAAAGCCGGUGAUGAUUGUCAUCGAGUACAUGGAGAACGGCUCAUUAGAUGGUUUCCUCAGGAAACACGACGGUCAGUUCACAGUCAUCCAGUUGGUGGGGAUGCUGCGGGGCAUAGCGGCGGGAAUGAGAUACCUCUCUGAUAUGGGAUACGUCCAUCGAGAUCUGGCUGCGCGAAACAUCCUUGUCAACAGCAAUCUCGUAUGUAAAGUGUCUGACUUCGGCCUGUCAAGGGUGAUAGACGACGAUCCCGAGGCUGUCUACACAACAACUGGGAAGAUUCAGGAUAUAAUGAAUUUGAUCUUUACUCCAGCCACUGACCUGCGUUUUACUGAACAGGGCGGCAAAAUACCCGUCCGAUGGACCGCGCCGGAGGCCAUACAGUAUCGUAAAUUCACCUCUGCAAGUGACGUGUGGAGUUAUGGCAUUGUCAUGUGGGAGGUCAUGUCCUAUGGGGAGCGGCCCUACUGGGAUAUGUCCAAUCAAGACGUCAUAAAGGCGAUAGAGGAGGGCUAUCGUCUUCCAGCCCCAAUGGACUGUCCACCAGGCCUGCAUCAGCUAAUGCUGGACUGCUGGCAGAAAGACAGAGCCGAACGUCCCAAAUUCGAUCAGAUAGUUGGCAUCCUUGAUAAGAUGAUCCGCAACCCUAAUACGUUGAAAACCCCAGUGGGAACAUGUACAAGACCAAUUAGUCCACUGUUAGAUCAGAGCACACCAGACUUCACUGCUUUCCGCUCAGUGGGAGAGUGGCUGGAAGCCAUCAAGAUGGAGCGAUACAGAGACAACUUCACAGCAGCUGGCUACAGUUCCCUGGAAUCUGUGGCCAGGAUGUCAAUCGAGGACGUGAUGAGCUUGGGGAUCACGCUGGUGGGCCAUCAGAAAAAGAUCAUGAGCAGCAUACAGACUAUGAGAGCCCAGAUGCUGCAUCUCCACGGCACGGGUGUCCAGGUGUGACGAACUGCGACGACGGGCCGCGUCGGACGGGGGCGCAAAAACGAAAAAAAAACAGAACUUAUCUGGAGCAGUGCCUGGGACGUAACCGGGAUUAUCGUCAAAGUAAACGGACAUCUGUUAUGUCUGACUCUUCCGGCUGUGUCUGGAGUGAAAUCAUUCCUUUGUUCCUCAGUGAAGGAUUGUGGUCCGCCUCUUCAAAGGGCACUAAAGGGAGGAAAAGGGCAAAAAACAACAACAAAAAAAGAAACUACCUGGACGAGAUGACUUUCUUUUUACUUCCUUUAAUUUUUUUUUUUUUAGAAGCGCUUAUGAACUCAACCACAUAUCAAAUGGCGCAUUGGAAAGGAGUUUGACGCUUCCGUUUCUUUAACUUAAUGAAUGAUUUAAGUGCACACCAUGGCUAUGGAUUUCCUUUAAAAAGAACAAAAAAAACUAAAAAACAACUUGUCUACUUGCGGUGGUUUCAGUUGUUUCUUUUUCAAAUUUGUUAAUUUUCUUUUCGUCUGCCACAGUGAUGUAUUGUGGCCCAUGCAGCAGUUUUUUUGACGUUGACAACAGGGUAAACUCUCUUUUAUCCAAACAGAGCAGAGGGAACUUUUUAGGUGCAGAUUCAAAGGUACUUUUCGUGCUGCUGACACAGGCUGGACUGUUUGAACUGUUUGCAGUGACUCAUGUUUUUCCUUCAUGUGCUGUUGAAGUGAAAAUGGUAUCCUCACACGCUUGUUUGGGUUUUUUGACAUGGUUUCAACCUUUCAAUUUUUUCUAUUAAGGAAUUUCCUGAUGAGUGCAACACUGAGGAGGUGAAUUGUUCUUCGAAUCAACAGACUUUUAUAUCAGAGUAGCAAUAUCCUUUGUCUUGGUGUUCACUACAGGAAACGCAUAACGGUUACUUGGUUAUUGAGUAGAAUGUUGCAGCGCUGUUGAAUGGUUUUAUUGAAUUUGAAGCCACCGCAAAUUGUUUUUGCCGUCAUUCUGCCUAAAAUGUUGCACACACGUGUUUGUUUUGGUGCAUUGUUGAGCUGCAAAUACAAUUUUUUUAGGGUGGAUCCAAGAACGUUGUAGACGUAAUACUGCCUUAAAAUGUGUUAGAUUACGUAUUGCCACUAUUUUAGGCACUUCAAUGGCAAUGCUUUCUGCAUUCAUUUAAAGGGUGGACAAGCUCCCUAUGUUUUUUUUUUUAUUUUCCUUGUAGUGUGAUGUCUUUUUAUCUGGAACUUGAACUGGUGAAAUCAAGUGCACGGGCACGGUUUAAUGCCACGAGUGACACAGUCAGCAAAGAAGAGACGGACUUAAACAGAGCAAUAAUUACCAGGUCGAAAUGGUCCUCACCUGAGAUUUUUAAGGUGCUAGGUUUUAUCACGUUGGCUGUGCUGAGACAAACCCUUUGGAAAGAUUCAGUCACCGCCGGAAAAGGAAAGGAAUGUACUUCUUUGACCGAAAAAAAACGGUUUGAAAAGUGCUCAGAAAACGGCCGUGCCAAGUCAUCAAACGAAAUAAUCGUGUCGUAUUUUGCCGCUAUGAUAUGCUAAACGUUUGAUGAAAAUCUAACGCGGCGUGAACAUGUUGAAUUGAGUGGCUGCAGAGAUGAAAGAGGCACCAUUUGAAACACUAGAAAGGUGCCAGUUAGCCAUGCUGACAUCAUCUUCCGACACCAACGCGUUGUCCAGAAAUCAAAGAGCCCCUUCAGGGUUCGGGUUCUGAAAAUUAGGACCAAGCGACGGGGCUCGAGUCAGACGCAGAUCAGGCUGUUAAAUCCCACCGUCGCGGCUCUGUAGGCACGCCAUGCAGCUCCCUUAUUUAUUCAUGCGUCUGCGCCGCUCAUCCCUCACAGGUGUAGAUGUGACGGAACAUGCAUUAAAGUGUCUCUUAAGAUUGCUCCUCUUUUCUUCCACACGGCUUUGUAUGGAGAACAGAGACGAGGGGGCUUUGCAUAAGAUGUGCUAAAAGCCAAUCAACCUAUUCGGUGCCAUCUGUCUCCACUUCAAAUGCAAAAAAAAAAAGGAGAAAGUUUCCAUGUUAAGUAUGUUUUAGUGCAGUAUUCUUUGAUAGGAACAUGCAGUUAUUCAGCUGGAGUGGUGUUACCAUUACAACCGUAUAUUCUACUGCUGCUGUGACAUGAGAUAAAUCUAUAUUUUCAAAGCUACAGUUAUUUCUUUCAACUGUUUUCAUCAAGUGCAUCGAAAAAAGCAUAACCACAUCAGGAAUCAUCAACCUUGAGCUCACUGACAAACAGUAAAACCAUUACUAGCUUUCUUCAUUCUCUCAAUUAUGUCUUCAACUGCAUCCACAUUAAGCCAGCUACAUUUUGAAAACACAUCUUUUUUCUCUCUGUUUUUGUCCCUUUUUGUGACCAGACGUGUGGAGCUUUUAGAGAAGGGUCUCCAGAGAGGAUAGGAAGAAAGGGAAGGAAGGUAGAGAAACAAGGAAGAUGUAAGCCUGUCUAGACUCUACUGAGUGAAGUCUGUCACCUUUAAAGGGGCAGCUAUAAUCUUUAAAUGGAUGGAAAGAAGGCAUGCACAGUUGUGCAUGUUCACGUAUGUUUUUCAGCAUAUACUGUCUGCAUAUACAGUCAUACUUUUUGGGCUAGAUGCAGAUGGUCUGCGCAGACCUCAUGGACGCGUGGAAUUCGGAAAGUAUAAUUUGGGCGUAACCCUCUCUGUAAUCACUGAUUUUAAAUGUUAACGUAGCUGAUCACACAAUACUGGUGUUCUCAUUAAUCCUGUUUAUGAUGAUUUAAAAUGAUUUGGGAUGCAACUAAUGGAUAUUUUCAUUAUCAAUUUAUUUGCCAAUUAUUUGACCAGAUAAUACUUUGGUCUCUAUAAUAGUGAUUUCUCAAAGCCCAAUUUACAACUUCAAAUGUCUUGUUUUGUCCAACUAAAUGUCCAAAAUCCAGAGAUAUUCAGUUAGCUAGCGUAGAGGACUACAAACUCCAGCCAACAUUCACAUUGAACUCAGAACCUGUACAUUUUUGGCACUUUUUGCCUAAAGAAUGAUUUAAAUGUUUAUUCAGUUCUACAUUUUCUGUUGAUUUAUUCAUCAACUUAUUCUUUCAGAAGCCCAGUCGCCAGGAAGAAAAUGUUGGCAUACGUACGUUUCUUUGCAAACCAGGGAUAUGUUGAAUGUCGCCGUUUUUGCAUUCUGUCAGAGCGAGUGACGUAGUAUAUUGAGCGAUUGUUAUUAAAACUUACGUGGUACAAUAACGAGUAUAACAAUCCAGUAAAGGUGGGUGUGUCCAUCAAACACUGGACUUUCACCCAGGAGACCGCUGUUCAUGUGCCGGGUGAAACCAAAAGUAAAUGUUGACUUUGCGCUUGUUUCAAAAUGUUACAUAAGAAAGUCCACUAAGGGCGGUUGUUAUUUAUCUAUGAUAGUUACGUUGUCACGGUUGUUACGUUACAUUGUCAUGUAAUUAAUUUAACACAAACCAUGACCUUUUUUCUAACCUUAACCAAGUAGUUUUGUUGCCUAAACCUAACCAGUCGUUUCACAACGUUAACCACGUGGCAUUGCGUUUCCGCAAGCAUAAUACGAGGCUUAUAUUAAACGUAUUUUUGGUUCAGAAACAUCAACAUUCAACGUAUCCGUGGUUUGCAGAAACGUAGAAUGGCAACUCUUUUUGUAAUAUUGAUGAGCUGUAAAUCAAAUUACUAUUUUAUAGUAGUUCCAUUGUCUAACAACAGAAACAACAUCAACGGCUGUAUGAAAACACGGUAUGAAUACUGACAGAAACCAGGAGGUUUAACCAUUUGAGAUCCAGCAGGCCGCUGUUCAACCGGACUUUGGCUGUGAUUUUUGAUCGUCGACCAAAGGAGACAAAUGUCCUGUUUUCCUGUUGUCCAGCUGCUUUGUGAGGACAGAGAUCCACCAGCGGGUUAGCUGUUAGGGUUUCAAUGAUGGCAAAAGGUUUUAUAGUCUUUAAAAUGCAGUACGUGCCAGUCGCUUUUACUCACUUAUGUGAUACUGGAAAACAUACUGAAGCAUUUUAAUGACUCUAAAACCUUUUUCCAUCAAUCAAACACAUCAUCAUUUAUAACCCUGACCCCUAUUCCUAACCUUUAAACGGUUAACAAACUUUUCCUGAAAAAGCUAGUGUGGAUGUUUUUAUACGUAAACUGUGUUUUCAGAAUGAUCCAGCUUAGUGUGGAUGUAUGCUUUGAUCCAUUUUCACUGUGGGACUCACCAUUGUCAGGAGACACCAGGAAUUAGCCCUGACCAGCUCUGAGCCCCCUGUGUCACACACACACACACACGCACACACACACACACACACACACACACACUCACUCACACACUCCCUUUAUCCAUACAGCAGAGCUCAGCAAUUGGGCCUUGGCCAGACCUUUGAAUUGAAUACCGGCAUGAAGUCAUUCAGUCAGCACAAAACUCCCCAGUUCACAGGCAGCACUCUCUCUCACCCCCCACCUCACGGCUCUGAUUUUAAAACCGGGGCCCCUGGAGGCCCCUCACACCCCAGGGUAGAAGGCCUCUGUCCUUUAUUUUUCCUGUGCUGGGGAAACAGCAGUUUGAGCCAAAUUGAGAUUAAGGCCAGGAUACAAUCGAUUCAACGUCCAACUCACCUGCAACCUUCACCAACAGAAGUCACUUUACUGUCUGUUUCAGCUCGUUUCAUCCACAUUUUAAACUUCAGGUUUCUCAACUCUGGACAAGAAAAGUUUUGUUGUGGCUCAUUUCAGCAAAAACAGAAAAAAAAGAAUAUAAAAUGUAAAAAGGGGAAAAAAAAAAAACCUGCAGGAUGUAGAUGGUUGGAAUCAGGAAUAGCAGAUAGAGUAUGAAGUUAUUUUUCAAAUCUUGUGGUUCAGCAGUUGGAAGUUAGUUUCACCGCUUCGGCGAGGUGGUGGAUAAUUCCAAAGAGUGCAGCACUGUCGAUUGUGUCAGAGGGAGACGAGAUUUGAGGGAUCUUUGUAUAUGUACUAAUUGUAAAACUUGUAAAUGUUAUUUAUAUUGUUUUUUACACAUAUUACUCGGUAGAGAGCUCUGAAUACGUUGAAAAUGCACUAUAUUUUUCUAUCUCGCAGAUGAAUUAUUGUCACCCCACAAGAUUUCAGUUGUACAUAAUUUUUUCAUUUAGGACCAAAGACAGCUGAUAGGAUUUCCAUCUUUACUUUGACUUUGUUUUUGAUUUUUUUUUGCGUUUUAGUUUGUUGUACAGUUAUACAAAAUGUCAAUUUAUUAUUUAUUUUUCUGUGAUGAAAGUAUUGAGAAUAUUCACUGGUCAAAAGUAUUUUCCCCAACAGCAGAACUGUAAGAUCAUUUAAUUAGACAAUUUUCUUGUUACAUAGACAAUUCUUUUUGCUUUGUAACCUUUGUAAUAGACUGUACAUAUAUUUUUGGAAAUAUAAUACAAUCUCUAUAGAAGUU